AGAAGGCGGAAGUGAAGCGGAAGCCAUUACUCUUGGGAGGAGAGUGCUGCUAUACACAUGGGAAGAGGAGUGGUCCACCGUGGCUUCUUACAAGCUCUUGGUCCCCGCGGCCUAUCGGACUUUCCGUAUGAACUUGUCAUCCCUUCGGCUGCAGCUUCCUUGACCUUUGCUUCCCAUGAUUCUACUGUCGGUGAUAUGUCCACUCCAGGAGACCCAUGAGAGAGAAAGUGGCUUCCUGGUCCCAGGCCCUGCUCUUCAGGCAGAUUUACUGUCAUUCUCGUAAGAUGGCAGCUCUUGGCCUGGCUCCCACAUGGGCUAUGACCAGCCAGGAGCCUGCCUGUAUCCAUGAGUCAGAAAUUCUUCUUUCUUCAAAAGACCCUUCCUGUCCCCAGGAUGUUGACCUGUUUGCAUGCAAUGGCCUGGAACCUCAUACAUCAACCAGUGUUGAACCAUCCCAGGAAUCAGUGACUUUCCAGGAUGUUGCUGUGGACUUCACUGAGAAGGAGUGGCCCUUGCUGGACUCUACUCAGAGAAAACUGUACAAAGAUGUGAUGCUGGAGAACUAUAGUAACCUUGCCUCAGUGGGGUGCCAGAUGGGCAAACCCAGCCUCAUCUCCCACUUGGAGCAAGAAGAGGAGCUGAGGACAGAGGAUCGGGAACUUCACCGAGGCCCUUGUCCCGAUUGGGCGACGCCAUCUAAAACCAAAUGGUCAAUUCUUGUGGAAGAUAUUUUUGGGAAGGAAACAUCUAAUGGUGUGACAGUGGAAAACAGUCAGCUUGGAGAGAAGUCCGCGGAGUACACUAACCUGUUUGACGUCUUUAGCAUAGGCGCUCAUCUCACUCAGCAGUUGGGAAGGCACACUGGCAAGAGACCGUAUCACCGCCGGGACUGUGGGGUGACUUUCAGGAACAGGUCCCAUGUAACCCAACACAUGAGCGUUUACAACGGGAGGAAGAUGCACGAAUGUCAUCAGUGCCAGAAAGCCUUCACCACAAGUGCUUCCCUCACACGGCACAGGAGAAUACAUACUGGGGAGAAGCCCUACGAGUGCAGUGCCUGUGGGAAGGCUUUCAAUGACCCCUCAGCCCUCAGGAGUCACGCAAGAACUCAUCUCACAGAGAAACCCUUCGACUGUACUCAAUGUGGGAAUGCCUUCCGCACCCUCUCCUCCCUGAAGAUACACAUGAGAGUCCACACUGGGGAGCGGCCAUACAAGUGUGACGAGUGUGGGAAGGCUUAUGGCCGGAGCUGCCACCUCAUUGCCCACAGGAGAACACACACUGGGGAGAGACCCUAUGAGUGUCAUGAUUGUGGCAAGGCUUUCCAGCACCCCUCCCAUCUCAAAGAACACGUUAGGAAUCACACUGGGGAGAAGCCCUACGAGUGCACGCAGUGUGGGAAAGCCUUCCGGUGGAAGUCAAACUUUAACUUGCACAAGAAGAACCACACAGUAGAGAAAACCUACGAGUGUAAAGAGUGUGGGAAAUCUUUCGGGGACCUCCUGUCCCGGAGGAAACACAUGAGAAUUCACAUUGUAAAGAAGCCUGUCGAGUGCAGACAGUGCGGGAAGGCAUUCAGGAACCAGUCCAUCCUCAAGACGCACAUGAAUUCCCAUACUGGAGAGAAGCCGUAUAGGUGUGACCUCUGCGGGAAAGCCUUCAGUGCCAGCUCCAACCUAACUGCGCACAGGAAGAUCCACACCCAAGAGAGGCGCUAUGAGUGUGCUGCUUGCGGGAAGGUCUUUGGAGACUAUUUAUCCCGGAGGAGGCACAUGAGCAUUCAUCUCGUGAAGAAACGUGUUGAAUGCAGACAGUGUGGGAAAGCCUUCAGAAACCAGUCAACCCUCAAGACACACAUGAGAAGUCACACAGGAGAGAAGCCCUAUGAGUGCGACCACUGUGGGAAGGCCUUCAGCAUCGGCUCGAACCUCAAUGUGCACAGAAGGAUACACACUGGGGAGAAGCCCUAUGAGUGCCUGGCCUGCGGGAAAGCCUUCAGUGACCAUUCAUCCCUCAGGAGCCAUGUGAAAACUCACCGGGGUGAGAAGCUUUUUGUGUCAUCAGUGUGGAAAAGACUCCAGUGACACAUCUUUUUUAAAGAAAAACAGGAGAACUCAGAUUGGCAGGGAACCUGACAGGUGUCAGGAAGGCAGGAAGCUUUGAGGAACUCAUCUCACUGGGCAUAAAUUGUUAACUUGGGAGAAAUUCAGUUUAUAUAAAAGCUGUGGAAAGACUUGGGUGUUUCCACGUCACAUUGGAACUAUGUAAGAACUCACAGUGGUUGAGAAAACGUGUAUCUGAGGUGUGAGGAAGCCGUCAGUGUACGUGUAGCUCUCAAAAAACAGGAGAACUUUGAGAGGGAACCCCUAACCUGGUAUUUAGUGUCAGAAUGACUUUAGUACCAGCUUGUACCUUCUGGGCACAAGAACAAGCUCAUCCUGGAGGAUCUCUGUAAAUUCCAUGACUGGACAAACCUUUCCUGGUCUGAUUGUAUCCCUCAUGAGAGAAAUCACACUAAAGAGAAAAAUCUAUGAAAUAAGGACCGCAGGGAAGCCAGUAACAGGUUGGCAGGCUAUAGCCAGCUGUCUAUUUUAAUGCAGCUGGCAAGUUUAGAAUAGUGGUUGUGUUUUUAAAGAAGAAAAAAAUUGAUGGAGACCACUUUUGGCCCACAAAGCCUAAAAUACUCAACUCUCUGGCCCUUUACAGAAAAAAGAAUGCCAAUACUUGAUCUACAGCAGUGGGGAUAAUUUUGCUCCCUGGGGGACAUUUGGCAAAGUCUAGAGACAUAGUCAGUCUUUAAAAGUGGAGGGAGGUUGCCACUGGCAUGUUUUGGAAGACACCAAGGAUGCUGCUAAAUAUCCUACAAUGCACAGGGGCUUUCCUCAAGAGGGAGAAAGUAUGUGCCCCAGAAUGUCAGUAUUGCUAAGGUUGAGAAAUUUUAACCAACAAUUCCUCAUGUUUUUAUGAAACACGUGGGUACUCACAUUAUGAGAAAUUCCUAUUUACAGCUUCAAAACUAUACUCAGUGUAAUUGUUUUAGGAAUCACAUGAGAACCCACACUGCAGACAGUCCCUCUGUGGAGUUUCAUCCACAGCCCUCUCACGUGUGUGUAUGAGAAUUCUCUCCUCAUUAGGAUUUCUCAGUACCUGUGGAAUUGCACUUAUCAGUCAGUCUUCUAUCACAAAAAUGGACCCCAGCUCAUUAAUUUUUCAGUAUUUAAUUUUAAUGUUAUGCUCUUGCAAAUAACCCUCAUGCCUCAUCACAGAAGGUUUGUACAUAGUAUUCUACUAUAAUUUGAUUUGUGAUAUGUGUUUAUUUCCUUUUGGACAACUUACUUUAAACAGUGGGGUUUUUUGUUUGUUUGUUUAGAAUAGUGUCAUGUGCUGUGUAACAUGUGGGUAUUUUUAGUACCUGUUUGUUACAAAUAUCUAAUUCAAAUAAGUUGUGAUCAGAGCAGGAUGUCAUCAUCAGAUUGGUCCUUUGAAAUGUUUUUGGCCUCCUGUACAGCCAUAAGUAACCUAAACUUGUAGUUGCAUCUUUAGUAUCUUUUUUUCAUAUCAGAAAGAUCCAAGUUCUGAUUAGUAAGGUAUACUAUUUUAGAAAAUCUCUUACAGGUUUUCCUGCAACUAGUGGAGUCCAUGUCCACAGCCUGGCCAUUGACAAAAAAAAA